AUGGGAAAGGAAAAGACUCAUAUUAAUAUCGUCGUUAUUGGCCACGUCGAUUCAGGAAAAUCGACCACCACUGGUCAUUUGAUCUACAAAUGUGGUGGAAUCGAUAAGAGAACUAUUGAAAAGUUCGAGAAGGAGGCCCAGGAGGUAAAAUAUUUGUGACU